AGUUAACGGGAUUUUUUUACUAUGAAUUUAUACAGGGGCCUCUCUUCGUGAAUAUGUGGACGUUGAUAUGACAUCAAAUUCUGGCUCAUUGCAUGGAUAUUACUAUUAUUUGGACCUCACCAAUUAUAUAUCUACGUGAAAAACAAAUUUUUCCUUGGAUUAGUUAGAAAUUUAGAGCUGGUGAAAGUCUAGAUUUUUUGGGCGAAGCUGUUUUCUACAGGUGAAUUUCCGCCUGCCGUGUGGGACUGUAGUGUAACGGACAAUACGCACGUAACGUAUUGUCGUUGUGGAGUUGUUAUUGUAUGAAUUUCUAAAUAGGUCGGACUACACGAGCGAACUGUGCAGUCGUGUGCGUACUCGCCGUCAACAACUCUCUUGUUUUUCAUGUAACUGAUAAAUAUUUAAUAUUUUCAUCAUGGAUUUCUACGGAGGUGGUUCGGUAACUGAUUUAUCAGUCAAUGAUGUGUUUGCGAAUGAAGUUCAGAGUGAAGUGAACGAGAUUUUGAGGUCUGAUGCUGCCCGAUUUUCGCCGCAGUCCUCGAUGGAUCUCUCAUCUUUGCAGACGACAGGCUUGGAUUUAGACUCCACGGCCGAAUUCACCUUGCUCCCGAAUUAUUUUCAGGAGCAAGCCGUUCAAACCACAGCCUCGGAUGCAAAUCCUACUUCGGUUUUGACCACAACAGCUAACACAGUGGAUUUGAGUCAAAUUACUGGUAUGGAUGGGGUCGAAAACAGCAUUCAUAGUCUGCUUGUUGAUCCCCAAACGGGCAUGCCAGUUACGACCACCGCACUGCAGCUAGACCCCAACUCGGCCCAGGCCAGUCUGCAGAUGAUUGUCAACAGUCUCCCCGAGCUGCAGGCGCAGAUUGCUGCCUCUGCCUCUUCAAGCGAAACUCUUGGACUCAGCAACAUAGGCAAUAUCAUCACACAGUCUCCUAUCCUUUCCCUGAAUACCCAACAGCAGCAAUCUCCGCUCAUUCUCUCAACGGGAAAUGGAAAUCAGAACGUGACUUUUCAAAACGGUACCCUGCAGGCCAUGGAUCUCUCGCAGAUCAACCUCUCAAACUUUAACGAGCUUGCCGCGCAGACACUCAUCUCGCAACUCCAGCAGCAGCAGCUCCACUUAGCCAAUGGAAACAUGCAAAAUGGUUCAGUUUCGGACUUGAAUUCAGCUCUCAAAAUACAGCAGCAGAAGGGGAACGUCCACCCAGCAAGUCCAAAGGCAAAGGUUGACAAAGUCUAUCCAAAGCCGGCCUACUCGUACAGUUGUCUGAUUACGAUGUCGUUGAAGAACAGUCAGAACGGCUGUUUGCCUGUCAGUGAGAUCUAUCAGUUUAUGUGUGAGAACUUCCCUUACUUCAAGACAGCACCAGAUGGAUGGAAGAACUCUGUAAGACACAACCUGUCGCUAAACAAAUGCUUUGCUAAGAUAGAGAAGCCUCAGGUGAACAAUGGUAACGGUUCGGCCAGGAAGGGAUGCCUAUGGGCGAUGAACCCAGAGAAGCAGGCCAAGAUGGAGGAGGAGGUGUAUAAAUGGACUCAGAAAGAUCCCUCGGGCAUCAAGAGGAGCAUGGCCAAACCAGAGGAAUUCUCAAGAAUCGAAGCCCUGUCCAGGAUCUCAACCCCCAAAUCGUCGCCGAGGGAAUCCACGCCUCCCGUAGCAAAGGUCCCGCCCCCACUCCAGAGCAUCAUCUCCACGGCAACCACAACGACAGUCACACCCUCGGAAACCAAGCACGAGGUCUCGCAUAACGUCUUUGCCGAGCAGUUUUUCAACCCUAGUCUUAAUCUUCUAGACCCAACGUUAACUCAACUCGAUGGUGAUCUAGGCUUGCAGGAUAACUUACUGGACACCUUCAACGACAUCAGCAGUUUAGAUGUGCCUAUGACGACAUCGCCCUUCACAGCCUUCAGUUUCAGUGGCUCCAUCCUCGACAGUUCACCCUUAAAGGACACGACCCACACCGUCUCCUCAGCCUAUCUCCUCGACUCGCCCCAGUCCCACUCCGCCUCCGCACUACAAUUCUGCAGCCCCACGAGGGCGCCGCAGGUCACUGCUUUCAUGUGACAAUCAAAGAGACCCAAAGUCGAAGACAGUGAAGUUUCCAAGAGUUUUAUAUGAGAGAUUUUUUUUUGUAUUAAGACAGAGAAGUAUACUAGUACACACUUUACAUAUCCUUUGAAACCUUUACAGGUUAAUGCAGUUCUGAUACUUUUAUAGGAAGGGGAUGUUUGAAAAGAUUAAACUUGCCACUCUUUUAUUCUUUUGACAUCAUAGGGUUGUAUGUUAUGGUUUUUGUAGGAGCCUGCAGGAAUUUCUAAAUUUUUGGGUGCAGGUCAAGAUGUGAAGUGAGUACCAUAAGUCACACACCAAACAUGCCAGCUCCCUGAAACCAUGUUGAUUAUUUCACGACACAAGACAGGAGGCUUGAUGGCCCAGUUGUAGAGCAGUGGUCUCGUAAACGGGGCGUCCCUGGGUUCAAAACCAAGUCAAUGCGCCAGUGCCCUUUGGGUAAGGCAUCAAUCCUCAUUACAGAGUCCCUCUUAGAGGACUUAAAGUCGUUGGUCCCCUGGUUGCUUACGUACAAGCAUAACAUACACAUGCUUUCUUAGCGGUCAGGUAAAACUUUGGCGCUGUGACCUGAGUUUUGGCAAGGUGUGUGCUGGAAUGAGGUCAGAUACUGUAGGUAUCAUUAUCUGGUCACCACUUAGAAUCAAGACUACAAAUUCAAAUUUAGAUUUUUUUUUUCUUCAGAAACUAUAAAUUGAGAAUAUCCUUGCUUUUGUAACGAUUCAAAUUUAGUACUUCACGCAAGGUUUCCUUUGUACAUAUAGAUUUGUUUUUUAUAUUAUCAUACUCUAGAAGAAAUUUGUACAGAAUUAACAUGUUUGUUUUUUAUAUUUGACUACGACAAAUCUCACUUAGCCAGAGCCGUUUGUCACCGAUUUUGGAACUCAAAAUUUGAGAUGAAAAAAAAAAAAAGCUUGUAUUUCUUGUUUGUUUAUCAAUUAUGCUGUUCAAUCCUGUCGUGGCAUGUAUGCAAUUUGCUCUAUAAUUAUGGCUCAUCAAUAAUAUCUGUUUUUGUUUUUUGUUGAUGUAAUGAUUUGUUUUGCAGUUUUCCCCUUUCUUUUAUAAAAGGUAAGGUUACAAUGUAGUUACCAACAUCCUUUCAUUAAUGUAUUUUCAAUCGCGCUGUCUUGCGGUGAUGGCUUACAUAGGGCGAUUUUCGCUUCCUGUAUCCAAGCAUCAUCACGAGCAUGUUAUCAGUCAGUGAUGCAUUGUGGUACAUGGCUGUCGACACAUCGGGACAUUUUGAGCAGCAGAUGGCAGUAUACAUAAACCUAAUGUAGAGUGUUAGUAGAAUACCCUGCCUUUAGAACCAUUACCCUUAGUGGGCUUUUCCUGUGUAUAUCAGUCAAAUUCUUCUGUAUUUCAUUGUUUUCAAAACUUUUCUGGUCUUCUCCCUAUCCCCUCCCCUAAAUCAUCCUUUACUAUAGUUAACAACUUAAUUAUUCAUACCCCUAGAAAAUUUGAGGUAUUUUUUUUGUUUUUGCAACUCAAGAAUGACAGGUGGACUGGUCGAAUACGGCCUUUGUUGAAUACUUUUAGGUGUUAGCUAUUAUUUUAAUAUGUCACAUUCUCAAGGAUUUUUGUUCACAUACUUGAAAAAUCAUAAAACUUGGUAAGGGUAUAAAUAAUUUAGUUAACUGUGGUACGAGGAUCUAUUGUGCAGUUUGAAUGCCUUAUGUUCAUGCGUGUGUUUCAGCUGACAAAAUGGUGGCAAUAAUAUAUGAUGUACAUUGAUGUAUUAACUCAGAAACCAGUAUUUCUCAAUGUAUGUAGUGGUCGAUGCAAGUCAAUUACUCGUUCGUUAGUACUUCAGAGUUUACAGUUGAUGCUAGAGUAGGUCCGAUUAGCUGCUUAGUGAACCUCUGCUGGUCAUAGUUGUGCUGCUUCAUUACGAUUGGUUCCCCCCUGGUUAGCAAUGGCUUAAUUUAGAACUAGCGGAUGACAUCAUCUCCCUAAUUUGCAUACAGUCUACGUGAAACAUAUCACUAUAUUUUGUUGAAACUUAUAGCGUUUUGUUUGUUCAAUUUUUCUCUAUUUAUUCAAUUUAAUUUGCGAUUGGGUCAGACUUUUCCUUUAACUCUGUUUGAAAGAAAUUCAUACAUCCAAUGUCGGAUGGGGGAGGUUGCUCAAAGAUAAUUCUUGGUUUGUUUGGUGUCUUUUUGACAUCAACCAGAAAUUUGUGAACCUAUCAGAAAUUUUGCUGUUCAGAUAUUUUUGCUGCUAGAUCAUUGAAUUACAAGACUGAAUAUUUGCAGUUCAAAAUAUGUUCAUGUCACAAAUUUGGCAUUAAAAAUUUGCGAGAGUUGUAUGUGACAGUUCAAGGUUUUUGGUUUCACAAAUAAUCAAUUUCGAUUCAAAUUGAGAAAGUGCCUUUAGGAACUCAGGUGAGAAAUCAUUCUUUUUUUAAUAUUUUUUUUUACAAGUUUAAGAAGAAAAAUAAUCACUACAAUCAUUAUUCUCCACUUCAGCAUCAUGCAAAACUUGCAUGAUAGACUUCUAUUCAUUGAAUUUGAUUCAUUUCCUGUGCAUUUCAAUUGAUUAAAAAAAAAAAUCAUAAAGAAGAAGGCCUAUUUGCCAAAACAGAAAUCAUGCCAUUGUCAUAACUAGGCUUGCAAUGUUGAGACUAAUAUUGAACAAGAUAGCAUCUACUACGAAAAAUCAACUGAAAAAAGAUGCUUUAAAUUACAUCGUGCACGUAAUCCAAACAAGAUUUCUAUGGGACAUACAAUAGGGUAUUGUAUAAUUAUGCCCUUGAGUUAGUAUUUUGAAAAUAGUCGCGAUCGCGGUAUUUGUACUCUUAGGUGGUGUAAAAUCGAUUUGGAUAGGAAUACUUGAAGUAACUGCUGGGGGUGUUUCACAAAGAUCCAAAGGUGAACUUAUCUCUAAGUUUGACUUAACAAUUAUGGAAAGCCCUUAGCAUCUUUAAAAAUAUUUUGUAAAAGUUAUUUUAAAAGGCAUGAGAUGUUGAUUCAGAUCAUUCAUGUUCUUGUUUUGGAAUUUAUAAAAAAAAAAAGUCUAAAAUACUUGAUUUUUCGCUUUUGAAUAUACGGUAUUUGAUUUUAAGACUAACGAAUGACUCUCCAUAAUUUUCAAGUCCAACGUAGAGUUAAGCUUGAUUUAGGAUCUUUGUGAAACAUCCCAUGGUCUUUUUUUACCAGUUCAAAUAUGCACUUAUGAUGGAUAAUACAGGGACAAUUUGACGAGGCACCACAAAACCACCAACGAAAUGCAGGACCUGAUUUUUAGUUCUUCAUUUCAAUCUCAAUAAAGGUGUUUUUUGUUCAGGUUGAUAACAUUUCCUGAAAGAAUCUAAUUAUUUCUAUUUAAUUUCAAAAUGUGAAAGGAAACAUCCUCCAAAUGGGACUUUGGUAGUAGACCGAUUUUCGUUCUGAUCGUUGUACAUGUAGUAGUUUUGAUUUAAAUAAAACAGUCUACUGGUGUCAUUUUGAAAUCCAAUAACUUGAAAACAGAGGGAGCUAUUACAUUGAUACCUAGACAACAUAUAGAACUGGAUGUGGUGGUUAUGUGGUGGUUAUGUGGUGCCGGGACACAAAGAAUAUACAAAGUGCCUCUAGCAAGACGUAUUGGUAUUUCAUGUUCAAUGCUGAAAUGAAAAGAAUGCAGUAUUAUGGAUGUUUACAUGUAGGUAAUCAGGAAGCAAUAACUUGAAUUAGACCAGGACCCAAACCUGGGCCUUGUUGCACAGGUCUAGAAGUGAUCUGUAAGGGUUAUCUUUUAUGUUAGUUAAAUGGUAUUGUCAAAACAAGUCAAAAUGAGGACAAGACGUUAGUUAAUGUCUGCGCGAAGCUGACCGCUUUCUGUUCAAGUUAACAGACCGCUGUGCAAGUAACAGUGGUAAAUGUGUUCUGUGCAAUUUCUUUUGUUUAUAGGACAAUUAACCUUCUUUUCCCAUACAUAGAACUUAGAU